AUGAUUCGGUUUUCAGUUCUCUUGAGCGCCAUAUGCACCGUCGCUCUCGCACGAACAGGCAAGACUUCACCCAGUAUCUUUGAACCAGACAAUUUCGAUGUAAAUGCAGCGCUUUAUAAUCUUGGGGUUGAUGUUUCUGCAAUUCCUGCCCUGAGAUCGCUGCAGACGCGGUCAACCGAGUCCGCCUGUCGUGCAGCCUGUGGCACCCUCAGCUUUCUCUACGGCCCAAGUAGAGCGUUCGCGCAGAAUACCACCGCGUACGCCAAUGCCACAGGAUCAUAUUGGUCGGUCCAGCAGGAGGAAGUUCGUCCCUACUGCAUCUUCAAGCCAUCGGUAAACACCGAUGUUUCUGUUCUUGUACUUCUGUCAAGGUACACUGGCUGUCCCUUUGCCAUCAAGAGUGGUGGCCAUGCUGCCUUUGCGGGUGCAUCGAGUAUCCAGGGCGGUAUUACCGUCUUGCUGAAAGAUAUGAAUGCCGUCACUCUGAAUGAGGAUAUGUCUGUUGCGUCGGUUGGCCCUGGCAAUGUUUGGGUGCAAGUAUACUCGGCACUAGAGCCCUAUGGUCUCGCUGUCAUCGGCGGUCGAGUUUCCACAAUUGGCGUUGGAGGACUUACGACCGGAGGUGGGAUCUCGUACUACUCCAAUCUUUACGGCUGGGCUUGCGAUAACGUCGAGAGCUUUGAGGUCGUUACUGCGAGCGGUGCCAUCGUCACAGCGAGCGCAAACUCCUAUCCCGACCUCUACUGGGCUCUCCGAGGCGGUGGGAACAACCUCGGCAUCGUCACCAAGUUCAACCUGUAUACUGUCCCCAGCCCCGAACUGCGAGGCGGAACUCGUGUCUUUGCUGAGGACCAAUUCAGCAAGGUGAUCAGCGCCUUCGUCAGCGUCGUCAACGGCGCCUCCAAUGACGGUAACGCGCAGCAGUGGGUUGCAUUCGUCCAUACUCAGGGACAGAACCUCGCUGCUGCCGAGAUCACAUAUGUCAAGAACGUCAGUGAGCCGGCCAUCUUCGCUCCCUAUCGCGCUAUUCCCGCAAUUCAGGACACCACGGCUCCCAGGACCUUAGUCCAGUACUGUGACACCGUCCAGGAAGUCAAUCCCGACGGACUGCGGGAAAUGUACUGGACUUUGACGGUCCGCUUGGAUGAGGACUUUGUCAACUGGGUUACCGAGUACUUCUACUCUGUUCUCCCGCAGGUACUGGGCAUUCCGGGUAUUAACCCCGACCUCGUCCACCAAGGCAUUACCAUCCCGAUGCUCAAGAACAUGACCCGGCAUGGGGGUAAUGCACUGGGUCUGGAUGCCUCGGAUGGUCCGCUUCACCUCAUGAUGAUGUCGUGCUGGUGGGAGAAUGCGGAGGACGACCAAACGAUAGUUGCCUGGGCUAAGAGUUUCUGGGAUACAGUCACCGCCAAAGCUAAGGGUGAUGGCGUUUUCCAUGAAUAUGUCUACAUGAACUACGCAAGUCAGUAUCAGGAUGUCAUUGCAGGUUAUGGGGCUACCAACAAGGCCAAACUGCACAGCAUUGCUGCCAAGUAUGAUCCCAAGCGGGUCUAUCAGACGCUGCAGCCGGGGUAUUUCAAGCUGAAUGGCGCACCUGCCGCAAAUUCUCUUUGA